AUGUUCCUCUUCUUCCCCUUUGUCAUGCAAGAGCUGCGCCCGAGGUGUGACCCACUGGCUCCCUUCCCACGGGAGCCCCCCCGUAUCGCCACCACCAAGGUGGGGAUACAGGGGCUGCUCUGGGUGAGCCUGGAGGGGGGAGAGGACUCCAAAAGUGAAAGCAAAUGUGAAAAAAACUUCACUGGGGGAUCUGGGCGGUUCCGUGCUCAGGCCGCAGCACAACAAGGUCCAUCAUCGAAGGUGGUUGGGGUCGUUGGUGGGGUGGCGUAUCUCAGUCCCAGCCUGCAAAACCCAGCUUCCUACAACCAUAUACAAUGGCGGCGCAACAAUUCUGUGACGAUCGCCAGCUGGGACAAGGGAGCGACGGUCCUGUACCCCAACAGCAACUACAAGGGACGACUGGAGCUCAUCCUCAACAGCACCCUAAAAAUCAGCUACCUGCAGAAAAACGACAGCAGCUCAUACCAAGUGUACCGAGGGGAUGAGGGAGGCAAAGAGCACAUUGAAACCAUCCUCCUGAGGGUGUAUGAUCCAGUCCCAAAGCCAACUGUGAAGGCCAAAGUGAUCAGGGAUGAGUCGUUGCAGUGCAAAGCCACCCUGGAGUGCUCAGUGGGGCUCGAAGGGGUGACCUACGAGUGGAUCUUCCCCAGAAAGCUCCCGCUGAAGGGUGCGGGUGCCUCUGAGCAGCAGGUUUCCUUCAACUUCUUGGAGGAAACCUACAUCUGCAAAGUCAGCAACCCUGUCUCCUCCAACAACGCCUCGCUGAUCUACAGGCACCCCUGUUCCUGGACAGGUGAGUCCUACGCUGCUGCAUCCUGCACCACCACCAGCACACUGCUGGUCCUGGGACACCUCCUCCUCCUCCUCGCUCUGGCUUAA